AAAUUGCAAAUUCAAAGGAAAAUAGGAAAACAAACACCUGUGUAAACUCACUCGUGCUCUCGCUUUUGGUCAGCUUAGUCACGCUCUCUCUUAAUAAUGGCCGAUAACGGUUAUAAAGACUUCGAUGAAGAGAGCGAAACGGACUCUGAAACGGAAUUGCUCAUACGCGAUGUUGGCCACUCUCUUAGGUCGCACUCUUCUUCAGCCGCUGCGGCUACCUCACCCUCCUCCUCAUCGUGGCAUAGCCGAAACCGUCAACGCAAAAGCUCAACUGGUUACGGCGGCGUCGAUGUUGGCGCCGUCGCUGGCAGCUUUCUUGGCAAUCUCUUCGGCAGCGGCAGCAAUAGCAGCAACAACAACAGUCUUGGCUCUGCCGCCGGCCAGAUACGUUAUAGAAAUGAGCGGAGUCGCGAGCGUGCCAAAUAUUCGAAUAGCCACACAAGCGGAGAUAUUGCGACGACGACGACCACGGCGAAACUGGCGCAACUAACGCAAACGCGUGCAUCGGCUGGCGAUGGCGGAGUCGCGGGCGGGGCCGACGGUGCCGCAGGAGUCGGGACGACAAAUGCAACGGGCAGUGAUCUAGGUGCAAAUGGCACGAACGGUACACACAAUACGGUAAUCGAUCCCGAAAACGGUUCCUCAACGGUCUUCUAUCAGAACAAUCGGCGGAGGAGUAAAAGUCGCAGCAUCAGCAACAUGUGUAAAAUGUGUCUCUGCAGUUGCUGGCGCAAAUGGUUCCGGCCCCGCGAACUCCGUGCUCGCACUGUCCACAUGGGACGUGUGAAUACGGAGAAAUUUCCACCGAAUGAGAUACGAAAUCAGAAGUACAACUUUAUUACGUUCCUGCCUCUGGUACUUUUCGAGCAAUUUCGUUUCUUUCUUAAUCUCUAUUUCCUGCUGAUGGCACUGUCGCAAUUUGUCCCCGAUAUACGAAUUGGCUAUCCGUAUACAUACUGGGGACCAUUGGGUUUUGUGCUAAUGGUCACCAUAUGUCGAGAGGCAGUCGAUGAUUUGCGUCGGCAUCAGCGGGAUCAUGAGGUGAACUCACAGAAAUACAAACGUCUAUCGGCUACGAAUGGCAAUGGCUAUGAGCUGGUACCAAGUUCUAAACUUAAAGUGGGGGAUAUCAUAAUUGUGGAAAAGAAUGAACGUGUUCCAGCCGAUUUGAUUCUAUUGCGUACUAGUGAUCGCAGUGGUUCGGUUUUCGUACGAACUGAUCAAUUGGAUGGUGAGACUGAUUGGAAACCUCGACUGGCUGUGCCGUAUACCCAGAAACUGAAUCGGGAUGCUGAAUUACACAGCAUCGAUGCCAGUUUCUAUGUGGAGAAGCCACAAAAUGAUAUACACAGCUUUAUAGCCACUUUCUGUAUGACCGAUGGCAGCGAAGACACUGGACUGAGUGUGGAGAAUACUCUGUGGGCCAAUACAGUAGUGGCCGCCGGCACAGCAACCGGCAUAGUCAUCUACACGGGCUGUGAGACACGCAGCGUAAUGAAUAAUUCUCAGCCAAGAUCAAAAGUGGGCUUACUUGAUAUGGAGAUAAAUGGCUUAACCAAGGUUCUUUUCUUCGCUGUGCUUGGCCUGUCGCUUGUGAUGAUGCUACUGAAGGGUUUCGGUGGUCCUUGGUAUCGUUACAUGUUCCGCUUUGUUCUGCUCUUCUCGUACAUUAUACCAAUCAGUUUGCGUGUGAAUCUCGAUAUGGGUAAAGCCUUCUACUCUUGGCAAAUGCAAAACGAUUCCAAUAUACAAGGCACUGUAGUGCGAUCGACCACAAUUCCCGAGGAAUUGGGCAGAAUAUCAUAUGUGCUGACCGAUAAGACAGGAACAUUAACACAAAAUGAGAUGGUCUUUAAGAAAAUCCAUUUGGGUAUUGUAUCCCAUGAUGCGGACACAUUCCAUCACAUUGGUCAGAUAAUACAAAAAUUGUCGGGGACAUUGCUACAACAGCAGCAGCAGCAGGGUAAUGCAUCCAGCUCCAGCAGCGGAAGUGCAGAUCAGAAACCACCAAUGAUGUUUGCCGGCAAUCGGAUGCGUCGUCCAGAGGGUUGGCGAGAAUGGGAGGCUGUGCGUGCAUUGGCCUUGUGUCACAAUGUAACACCUGUUAGCGAUGAGGAGGAUAAUCGUUCUGUAUCGACAGCAUCGACAGUUACAGGCGGCAAUAAUUCACCAACAAAGUCUGUGAUAAAUAUUGAGGCUCCCGGCAGUACAGACACCGAACAUCAAUAUCAGGCUGCCUCGCCAGAUGAAAUAGCCUUGGUCAAGUGGACAGAGCAAGUUGGAUUGACGCUUAUUGCUCGGGAUCUCAAUACCAUGACGCUACAAGUAAAAACACCUAGCGAAGAGAAUGAUAUUCUUCUGCAGUAUCAGAUCCUUCAACUGUUUCCCUUUACCAGCGAGAGCAAACGCAUGGGCAUUAUUGUGAGAGAGAGCAAAUCUGGACAGAUUACCUUCUAUCUGAAAGGAGCUGAUGUGGUUAUGUCUACUAUAGUCCAAUACAAUGAUUGGCUAAGUGAGGAAUCUGGAAAUAUGGCUCGAGAGGGUCUACGCACAUUAGUUGUGGCCAAAAAGGUGCUAACAGAGGAGCAGUAUUCGGACUUUGAGAUGCGGUAUAAUGCCGCUCGUCUCAGCAUCACAGAUCGUGUUGCCAAAGUGGCGGCCGUCACCGAGUCCCUGGAAAGGGAAAUGGAAUUGCUUUGCCUAACCGGUGUCGAGGAUCGUUUGCAGGAGAAUGUGCGGCCAACUUUAGAGCUUCUACGGAAUGCCGGUGUCCGCGUCUGGAUGUUGACGGGCGAUAAACUGGAGACAGCCUGUUGCAUUGCCAAAUCUUCACAGUUGAUUGGUCGCAAUCAGGGACUCCAUGUCCUGAGGUCUGUGAAAACACGCACCGAUGCACAUCAGGAAUUAAAUCAGUUUAGACGAAAACAGGGUCAUGCCCUGGUUAUAUCCGGUGAAUCGCUUGAGGUUUGCCUGCAGUAUUAUCGGCCCGAAUUCCUUGAACUGGCCACCGCCUCGCCAGCUGUGGUCUGUUGCCGAUGCUCGCCCACUCAAAAGGCCCAGGUGGUGGCGCUCAUACAGAAGCAUACACGCAAACGAACCUGUGCUGUUGGCGAUGGCGGCAACGAUGUUAGCAUGAUUCAACAGGCUGAUGCUGGUGUUGGCAUUGAGGGCCGUGAGGGACGACAGGCCUCAUUGGCGGGAGAUUUUAGCAUUCCUCAGUUUUCGCACAUUGCCAAAUUGUUGUUAAUACACGGCCGACGCAGCUACAAACGUUCGGCGGCCCUCUCACAGUUUGUUAUACAUCGUGGACUUAUCAUUACCACACUUCAGGCUGUAUUUUCGGCUGUAUUCUACCUCAGCUCGGUAGCCUUGUAUCAGGGUUUCCUUAUGGUCGGAUAUUCCACGUUGUACACCAUGUUUCCGGUCUUCUCAUUGGUCUUGGAUCAGGAUAUUACAUCGGAGACAGCUGUCACAUAUCCGGAAUUAUACAAGGAUCUAUCCAAGGGUCGAAGUCUCAGCUAUAAGACCUUUUUCAUUUGGGUUUUGAUAAGCAUAUACCAAGGCGGUGUCAUUAUGUAUGGAGCCCUGAUUCUGUUUGUCGAUGAGUUUAUACAUAUUGUAGCCAUCAGUUUCUCGGCUCUGAUUAUGACGGAGCUGAUAAUGGUGGCCCUUACGAUACGCACUUGGCAUAGACUCAUGGUGCUGGCAGAGCUUUUCAGCUUGGCCCUCUAUCUCAUUUCAUUGGCAGUGUUGCAUGAAUAUUUCGAUUGGGAAUUUAUCUGGUCGUACGACUUCCUCUGGAAAGUCUCACUCAUCACAUUAGUUUCCUGUCUACCCCUGUAUAUAAUCAAGUUCUUGCGCAAGAAAUGUUCGCCGCCUUCCUAUUUGAAGCUCUCUUAAAUGAUCCGAUCGAAGCAAGUGAUUCCACCUUUUAUUAUAAUUAGUUCUCACAAUUUUCCACUUUUAUUGCCCCUCCUUCCUUUUAUACUGGUUUUCAAUUUUCUAAUUUAUUACACUGGCUAAAUCUGUAACUUUUUUUCAUUUUUGUUUUUGUCUAAGUACGUGAUAUAAAAUUAAAAAUUUUUUUUUGUUUUGCGACACUGAAAAAAUUGUAUAAAUUACACAAAAUAUUGAAUGAGGAAAAGUGAUUAUAAUAUUAUUGUAAUAAUUAAAAGCUGAGAAGAAUCAA